AAUAAGAUUCCGUAUUUCUAUUUUCCAUUCAUCAAACCAAACUUAUGAAAUUCCUCUCUUUGGUAUCAUCGUAAUUUCAGAAUUCAAAUAUUUCAAUUAUCAGCACCAUAAUAUUUCUUUUAUUUUUCACGAUGACAACAAGUGAAGAACUUCUAAUUAUCGAUCCUUUAGACCUCAAAUUUCGAUUCGAGCUGAAGAAGCCAAUUACGAGCUCUUUUGAACUGAUCAAUAAGACCGAUAAUCACGUGGCUUUCAAGGUAAAGACAACGAAUCCCAGGAAGUAUACUGUCAGGCCGAACAGUGGCAUCAUUCUCCCGCGAUCAAGGUCCAAUGUUACAGUUACGAUGCAACCUCAAACGGAGUUACCUCCAGAUAUGCAAUGCAAAGAUAAGUUUCUUGUACAGAGUGUGAUUACGAACCCUGGGUCUACAACGAAAGAUAUUAACCCAGACAUGUUCAACAAGGGAAAUCAUGUUGAGGAAUGCAAACUAAAAGUUAUUUAUGUCUCACCACCAAGAAAACCAUCACCAGUCCCUGAAGAUUCUGAGGAAGGAACUUCACCAACAGCUUCUGAAACUGAUUUACAAGGACAGAGUGAGCCUCAGGACAACUCCACUAAGGCCAGAGAUCUAAUAUUGAGGUUGAUGGAAGAGCGAGAUUCCAUUAUUCUACAAAAUUCCAAGCUCAACAGAGAACUGGAUGAUUUUAUCAUUUGGAUGCUAUUUGAAACUAUUUUCCAGGAGCUUCUGAGGAAUGGACGUCAAGAACACCGUACCGGAGUUCCAUUUUUGUACAUCUUGCUGGUUGGCUUGCUUGGUAUUCUUUUGGGGUACAUUGUCAGAAAUGUUUGAUGACCUCAGCUUUGAGGAUGUAUUUUCUCUUUCUGGUUGCCAUGGGCAGGUGCGGCUCUAGGAAAACUUUUGUACAUUUUUUUUGACUCCGAAUUGCUCAAUAAUUCUAAGUAUUGUGCCAACGGAUUGGUUGGAUAUUUUAUGUCUUAGGAUGAUAGAACUAUAGUUGUGGUACUAGCUUUGCUUUUAUGAGGUUAAUCAGAAGGAAAAGAAGAAAGAAAACCACAUUGAAGUGAAACCACUGGAUUGGCUGUAUUGAACUAUCAUGUAGGUGUUUUUUGGUUUCGAAGCA